AUGAUGCCGCGCCAGAGAUCCUGCCAGGCCGAUCGGUUCCUCUCGGGAAUGACCACGAGGGUGGCAGAGGAGAUCCAGAGCCUUCACACCUCGCUGACGAUGCAGGCGCUAGAGGGUCUAGAAGAAGGCGACGGCGGAAACAUCGAAAGAUCAAUCCGGGCCUGGCAAGGAAUUCGUGUCUAUGGACAACACCACUGGCUUACACCCAAGCCCGACGACUACCCGUUGACUAUGGCGGCGGCCCGGUCCCAGGUCAUAUCGGUGUUUGUCCCGAACUUGCUCUGUAUUCUGCUACACAUAUUUGCAUCCCUACCUGCAGCUGGCGAAGCUGCGCGUGGCUAUCUUCAUGGUGGCGUGAUCGUCGACUUUAUAGGGCAGAAGCCACCAACCUCGAGGCUUGCUUUUCUGGCGCUCGAUUGUGUUAUACUGGCUGUGCAGUGUCUAAUGCUAGCUGUCCAUGCUGAGCGCGAGAAAUUACGACCCAUUGUACGGCCUCUAUUAUUUCGCUUGCCGCCGGCACUAGAAGAAACGAUUGGGUUGAUGUCUACUCAAGAUCACGAUGCUGAGGAACGAGGAGUAUUGAGGGAUGCACCUGGACUGGAGAUGGAAGGUGAAGACGGCGUAGAGCUCCAGCCUCUGCGACCUAAUGGCGAGGCUGAACAUGGCCAAGAGAUUGAACGGAGGCGGUCUUCGAGACGUCGCUCGUCCUUGCAUGCAGCCAGCGGUAUGCAUUUGUUCGACGUCCUCAGUUCAGGUAACGGCGUUUUGGGCGAGUUCCACAUCUCUCACACCAUCAGACACGCUACCACUGAUUAUUGGGGAGCGGCAGGCCACUCGCUUCAAACCCUGGGUUAUACCGCGACAUUGACGAGGUUGUCUGCAAUGAGGAGGAUGCCGCAACUCGAACGCAAUCAGAGGAAUCAGAGGUAG